GGCAGCAGACAGCAGGAGGCGUGCACACACAUAACAACACGUAUUCUUGACUGUUUUCUACAGCUGUAUUGGGACGUAUCGACAGGACUUACCGUAUCAGAAGCCGACUUUUGAAGCGACUUUUGGUGCUUUAUAAAGUAUGAAACACUCAUUUUUACUUUUUUAAUGCCAUCUUACAGUCAAAGUGUAUGCUCAAUCCGUGUAUCCGUUUUUAUGCAACUUUCAGUUUCAAACAUUGGCCGCUUUACAUGACUUCUGACCGACUGUCACCAGCCAAACCCCUUUUUUUGUUUUGCAUCUCUUCCUCAUGCGGAAGCCGUAGUUCUACUAAUUGGAGACCUCACUGUCAGUAAAAGGAUGCAGCAGCAGGAGCGCCUGCUCAAAGUCCUGGUCAUCGGAGACCUCGGAGUCGGCAAGACGUCCAUCAUCAAGCGCUACGUGCACCAGGUGUUCUCCCAGCACUACCGAGCCACCAUCGGGGUCGACUUCGCCCUCAAGAUGCUCAACUGGGACCACAAGACGAUGGUGAGGCUGCAGCUGUGGGACAUCGCCGGGCAGGAGCGUUAUGGGAACAUGACCCGUGUUUACUACAGGGAGGCGGUGGGGGCCCUCCUUGUCUUUGACAUGACCCGACUGUCUACGUUUCAGGCUAUCAUCAAGUGGAAAGGAGACCUGGACUCAAAAGUCGCUCUUGGCAAUGGGAGGUCAGUUCCGGCUGUUCUAUUGGCCAACAAGUGUGACCAGCGGCGUCAUGGUUUGUGCCCCAAGCUGCCCAAACUGGAGAACUUCUCCAGAGAGUACGGAUUUGUCGGCUGGUAUGAAACCUCUGCAAAGGACAACACCAACAUUGAUGCUGCUAUCACCUGCCUGGUGAAGAACAUCAUGUCCGUGGAGGAGGAGAGAGAAUCGAGUGAUGCCGCCAGAAACGACCCUGAAGGCGGCAUUCUGGUUCUUCCUCGAUUUGAGUACAACACGAGGGAGAAAGGACUCAGUGGGUGUUCAGGAUGUUCCUCACAUAAACAUAGAGACGAUGUUUGAGGCGAUGAGACAGAUGGGUCCGAACUGAGAAACCAGAAGGAGACGGAGUGUUGGGAGAAAUGUACUUUAUUUUAUGUUUAUUCUAUGUUUUUACUAAAAUCCUCCCACUGUCUGUACUUACAAACACAUUUCUUUAGAGAAGUCACCAGAAGAUACUUAAGAUUUGUAAUAGUUUGUUUCUCUUUUAAAGGCUUCAUAUGUGAUUUUUCACACUUACAUGUAAUAGAAAUCAAGUAUAUCCUCUGAA